CUAAACUCGUAAGCCGCCUUAUCCGACCGUCUACAGCUUUCAUCUCCGGCAAUGACGUACGGACUAAACGGAAUUGGUCACCAGAACUCGAUCAUGUCCGGCAGUUAUAUUGGAUUGUUCGCAGCUGCUUCUUGGAUUUCGGAUUCAUUUCCAAAUGUCUGUUAGAGUUGUUAUUUGCAAAGCUGCAGGGUUUUUUCGAUCGAAAAUGUCGGAAACGUGAUGAACUUUUGUUUUUUUUCCUUACUGAGCAGACUGUGUUUGCCGCUGAUUUUCACUUCUUGGGUAUUCAGUUGAUUCGAUUCAAGCUUUGGGAGAUUGGUGGUGGUUCUUUACUUUUCGGUGUUCGUAGGGUUUUUGCUCUUUGGGUACUUUGUGAGUUUGGUUUUGCUGGCGAGGGUUUUGGUGAUUUUGGAAACUUGGAUCUACGGCUGGAGUUCUAAUUUUGGUUUUGAUUUCUGAUCGGAAGAAUAUAGGAACUCAAGAACUGGUAGGUGGAGAGAACAGGGAUUGCGACUGGUAGAUGAGAGCAGAGCUGAAACCUUGCGCAGGUAGUUUUGUUUAUUGAAUUCUUUUGGAUUCUGAAAGUUGAACUCCAAAAGGGCCCGGUAUUUCCAGAUUCAGCCUUAAUUUUGAUUUUCCAGUAGAAUUUUGGGAGGUAUGCCUGUUGAAUUGGAUAAUAGUUCCGCCAUGGCUGUUUCUACGGUUUCUGGGGAAGCUAGCGUCUCUUCUUCUGGUAACCAGGUGGUUCCACCGCCGACGACCACGAUAAAGAAGAAGCGGAACCUUCCUGGAAUGCCUGAUCCAGAUGCUGAGGUUAUCGCGUUGUCGCCGAAGACUCUAAUGGCUACGAACCGGUUCGUCUGUGAGAUCUGCAACAAAGGAUUUCAACGCGACCAGAAUCUACAACUCCACCGCCGCGGCCAUAACCUUCCGUGGAAGCUCCGGCAACGAUCGAGCAAAGAGGUCCGCAAGCGAGUCUACGUCUGCCCCGAGCCUUCUUGUGUUCAUAACGAUCCUUCUAGAGCUCUGGGUGAUCUCACGGGGAUUAAAAAGCAUUACUGUAGAAAACACGGCGAGAAGAAAUGGAAAUGCGAUAAGUGUUCGAAGAAAUACGCAGUUCAGUCCGAUUGGAAGGCGCAUUUGAAGACUUGUGGAACAAGAGAGUACAGAUGCGAUUGCGGAACCUUAUUUUCAAGGAGGGAUAGCUUCAUCACUCACCGGGCUUUCUGCGAUGCUUUAGCUGAGGAGAGCGCGAAAGCUCACACUGUUCCGAAUUCUAACUCAGAAGACGACUGUAAGCGUCAGAUCGUUGCCUGCUCGCCGCCUCCUUCGUCUUCUACUGUCGUUUCUGCUGUUUUGCCAAUUCAAAAUCCAGAUUUACCCGGAAAUUCAAGCGGCAUCAUUACCAAAAUCCCCCCAUCUACCUGCUUAAACGGGAGCAUUGGCAGUAGCAGUAGCUGUAGCAGCAGCAGCAUUUCCAGCAAUAGCAAUGGCAGUACCACUACGAGUGUAUUUCCAAGUCUAUUCGCAUCAUCGACAGGUGCAGGAACCUUACAGCCCCAAACAUCUACAUUCUCAGAUUUAAUAUGCGCCAUGGCACGAUCGGAGCGCUCAACAGCGCUAGCAACGGUGUCAGCGGUAGAGCCUACUUCUCUCUGUUUAUCUUCUAGCGGCGGUGGUUCCACGAUCUUUGGUACAGUGGUGGGAACAGAACGCCGGCAUUAUGCUGCUUCACCAGCAAUGUCCGCCACGGCAUUACUUCAGAAGGCAGCCCAAAUGGGGGCGGCCUCGACGAGCUCUUCAUUUCUGCGUGGGUUAGGAUUGACUUCAUCGUCGUCUUCUGGGCAUCAAGACGGGUUGCAGUGGAGUAGUGGACGCUUAGAUUCUGAGCCCGGAAGCUCGACGAUGACGGCAGGUGGUGGUGGUGCUGGUGGUGGGCUUGGACUUAGGCUUCCAUGCGAUGGUAGUACGGCCUUGACGGAGUUAAUGAUGGGCCCAUCGUCGAUGUUUGGGCCAAAACCCACGACACUGGACCUUCUUGGGCUUGGCAUUGGAGUUGGUAGUGGUGGUGGUGCACCUACGGGAGGGUUCUCGGCUCUGAUAACGUCAAUGGGCGGUGGUGGACUGGACGUGGCAGCGGCGGCCGCCACUUUUGGUGGAGGAGGGAGCGCGGCAGGAAAGACGUGGGGACCUGAAGCUACGGAGAGGAAGCCUAGUCCUGCCUUGUUGUAGAAUUUCGGUGUAGAGGAGAGUGAGGGUGGUUUCGUAUUCGUAUACAUCAUUACAUCCACGUCUACUUUUACGAAUUACGAUGUAAAGAAGGGAAGAAAAUAUGUGUAUUAGCUUUAUUUUUAUAGAAGAGACACUGUAGGUG